UCCAUGAAGAAAAGGGCGUGUGGCUGGGAAGGGUGGCGGGUGAAUGAACGGCUGGCAAUGUGCAGAAACAGCACAGAGGGAGCCACUGGGAGAGAGGCGAGGCAGAGGGCAUUCUCUAUCGCCGGUCCUCUCCUUUCUUUCUCAAAAGGCCCUCGCUCUCACUGCCCGCCGCAGGUGAUGCCGCACCAGAGAUAACGGGAGACAGAUCGGUACGAAAGAGGCAGAGAGCGAGGGCUCGGAUGGAGUCUGAGGAAGGGGAGGGGGGGAUUUAAAGGGAACGAACGGGAGGGAGAUUCAGACAGAGCCUACAGAGCGAGAAGAGCGAGGGAAGAGAGCCAGCGCAGAGAGGGAGAAAGAGGCGGCGGAUGGGAGAAGGGGAAGAGGAGAGGAGGCACUGACCGGGAAGCGCGCGCAUGGAACAGGGGAAAACGGCUAUUUCACGUGCCCAGCGUGCAGCACUGAAGAGAGCAACUGUCUGACCGGAUUGUUGGUCAUCUUGGUCAGGGGGGCAUACAGAGACACACACAGGGACGGGCUUGGAUUACAGGGCUGUGUGCAGAGGAUGAACAGGCAAUGUGGGCUCUGUGGCUGUGAUACCCGUCCUCAGACCCCGUAGCUGGCCGCGCCGGUGCUGUUGCAGGCCGUUAGCCUCGCAGCGGCAGCUGAGACAGAAUGAGCUCCAAGCACUCCUCCGACUGGAUUCCCUACAGCACUUUAGACGAUGAGGGUACCACCCUGCGACAGCAGAAACUGGACAGACAGCGGGCGCUCCUCGAGCAAAAGCAGAAGAAGAAGAGACAAGAGCCUCUGAUGGUGCAGUCUAACGUGGAUGGGAGAUCCCGCAACCGACGCACCAAGCAGAGUGAGGAACAGGCCCCACUGGUGGAAUCCUACCUCAGCAGCAACAGCAGCACCAUUUACCACGUGCAAGAAGCUGAACGGGAGGAGGCGGCGGUGAUAUCCGACGCACAGCAGCCUCGCUCGGCCAAAAAGGGCAAAGCCUCGGCCAGCUCCACUCCACAGACAGGAAGUGAGAAGAAAGAGAGGAAGGGGAAACACAAAGCAGCAAUGGACGGCCCCGUCGGCCAGCAGGACAACAGUCAGGUCCAGAUACUGACCGUGGCCCACUCCACCACAGACGAGGGCGAGAUGGAGCCCGUCAUGAGCUGCACUCCGUCGCAGAGUAAGCAGGAUCUGCGAGUCACCAUGCUCAAGAAAGGUAUAUCCAGCAGUAUGAAUUUCGAUGAAGAAGAAGACGACGACGACGAAAUCAGCUCCAGUUCCUCGCAGCUCAACAGCAACACGAGACCAGGCUCCGCCACCAGCAAGAAGUCAUGCAAGGAGGUGGCUUCAGCCACCACUCCGCCAGUCAGCGAACCUGCCAUCGAUGUUGACGACCUGGAGGAGUUUUCACUGCGGCCUGCACCGCAGGGGGUCAGAGUGAAGUGCAGAAUCACCAGGGACAAGAAGGGCAUGGACAGAGGCAUGUAUCCAACCUAUUAUCUUCACCUGGAGAGGGAGGAUGGCAAAAAGGUGUUCCUGUUAGCAGGCAGGAAGAGGAAAAAGAGUAAAACUUCCAAUUACCUCAUCUCCAUUGAUCCCACUGAUCUGUCCCGUGGUGGAGACAGUUUCAUCGGUAAACUGAGGUCAAACCUAAUGGGAACCAAGUUCACUGUAUACGACAGCGGUCAGAACCCCAUGAAGAGCACCACCAGCCUCGAAGCAAGCAACCUGCGCCAGGAGCUAGCAGCCAUUUGCUAUGAAACCAAUGUACUCGGUUUCAAAGGACCUCGCAAAAUGAGUGUCAUCAUUCCUGGAAUGAACAUGGACCACGAGCGAGUGUCUAUUCGCCCACGGAACGACCAUGAGUCACUGCUGGCCAGGUGGCAGAACAAGAACACAGAGAGCGUGAUUGAACUUCACAACAAGACGCCCGUGUGGAACGAUGACACACAAUCCUACGUGCUUAACUUCCACGGAAGAGUAACGCAGGCCUCCGUGAAGAAUUUCCAAAUCAUUCACGACAACGAUCCUGACUAUAUCGUGAUGCAGUUUGGCCGUGUUGCAGAAGACGUCUUCACAAUGGACUAUAACUACCCAAUGUGUGCCCUGCAAGCCUUUGCCAUUGCUCUCUCCAGCUUUGACAGCAAGUUAGCCUGUGAAUAGACCCCAGGAGGAGAGGGAAGGGGUCAUCUUUCUUCAAGAGCUUUCAAUGAACCCCCGGGACUGGUUUGCGAUCUCCAAAUCACCCAGUAGCUUGGAAGUACUGCAUUUUCCAAAAUAUUUUGUGGGCCUCAAGUUUUAUGUUUAUGUAUAUGUCUGAGGGGAAUUGUAGGGGAUCCCAGGAUGGUCUUUGGUCAGUGGAAGAAACAAGCACAAAGAGUGAUCCACUUACAAAAUCUAAUUUGUUGUGAUUUGUACUGUAAUGACACUAUAAAUACCAACACUGUUCUUUUAUGUGGUAGAUCUAGAGAUUUAACAUUUCCUUAUGUAUAAGUUAUAACUAACAGUUACACAUUGGUAAAUUUUAAGAGUUGGCUUGACUUUUAAGAGGUCCACCACAUUGAUAACGCUCAGUCACACACACCAUCAUGCAUGAAUCUUGCUUAUGUAGUUAGUGAGACAAAAGAAAGUGUAUGCACAUCCCGGUAUAUUUAUUUUGUUACGUUUAUACAUUGUGAUUAGUUUUUGCCAUGAUUUGUAACGGUUUCAUCAGUAUUGGCUCCAUGGAGCUUCCAGGCAUUAAUUACAAUAGCAAGAAAGAGAUCCCCUUUUUCACAUGAAUCAAUAAAGUGUUACACAUGAAAAGGGCAAAGGCAUGUUACACAGUUCUGUGUACCACAUACAAAAUUGUGCCACAGUGUCAUAUUUGUGAAUGUAUAGGAUGAUGGUGCACUUUACUUUAAAGUCUGUGAUGGAGGAGUUACAACUGUACAUACUUUAUUGUGCCUUUGAAGACUAAUUCAGUGUUAAAACAUUGGCCGUAAAAUGAAAUGAGCUUGAAUUGGUCUUUGCGCUUUUUUGCUGUUCUCCUUUGCACCGGAGAUAGUAUUUCUCCCAAUUCAGCUGUCUGAUGAUGACUUAAUUUCUAGUAAUAAAUCAUCUUGGUCUGCAAAACUUCCGGGAAGUAGUAUUCCAAAGUUUGCACCAUGGACUACAUUUCAGUUUCUGUCUAUGUGCAAUAUAUUUGAAUGACAAACGCAACAUAAACUAAAGAGAUGAGUGUUUAUUUAUGCCGCACUAUAUUGCAGGCAUACACCAGCUACCCAAGGCACUCAGGCUAAAGUUAGUGCUCACAUCCUCCAAUGUCUACUGAACACUCACUUACUGCCAACCAAAACAGAGUGUGAAUCCCUCCGAGCUUAAACACAAAUUUCAUCCUUUGCUUUACAUCUUUGAUCGCGCUUUUGCUCCUCAGAGGCGGAGAUCAAUACAUUCCUCAUCUGACUGGCAGUAAGUCUCUAUGUCACAUACUGUGCUGUUCACAUUUUUACUCUACAGCUAAAAUGCUAUUCCUCUUAUUUCUUAUGAGAGAUUUUCUUUCACUAAUACGAUUAGCUUUUGUAUUUUAAGACCAUUUAAAGAAAAAAAAAAGAAGCUAAAUGAUGGCAAAGAACAAUCUCUGAUACCGCUAUUGUUACUGUGGGUAAUGAGGAAAUCUUUAUCAAAUGUGCUAUUCUUGUACUCGAUUGUGUUCUAUUUGAAACUUUAUUUCAAACCUGUUGAUACUCUUGCUGUAAAGUCUGCUUUUCAUACAUGUGUCUGGGAACCAGAGGUUCUUUCACUUUCUGUUUUUAGUGCUGUCAUUGUAAUGUACAGUAAACGGUGUACAAUUUACUGUGAUGAUAUCGACACAGUUCUUUGUUAAUGGAAGAAUUAAAAUUUACGGUAAGCCAAACUGUGCUCACUUUUUCCUGGACUUUUGUUAAAUCUUUUCGUGUCAAAUUGAAUUAAAUUCUUCAAUUUCAUGACAAGGCGUUACUU